UGGAAAUUGUAGGCUUCAUAGGGAUAACACUUGCGGCGGGAAAUGUCCGUUCUUGUAUCCAUUUCUUCUCCUGGAGACGGAGCAAAUCCGGGGCAAAAUAGGGUGUCCCCGACAUGGCCAACCACUUCCCUUGGUCUUAAGACCACCACGCAGGCUUCAUUUCUUCUAUCCUGUCAUUGUAGCUUUCAUUUUCCAAUGAGGGAAGCGUCGAGCGAGAGAGGGCAAAAGACAAAAACUUGGAAACUAACGCAGCUUAUUUCUUUGCCCACCAGCCUCAACCACCGAACCACACACAACUGUGGGUGACUGACAAGAGAUGGCGGAAAGUCAAGCCGAGAGCGAUCACACCGCUUACGAUCAUGAAACAAGCACCAUACUCAGCUUCGAUGCUGCAGUUCAGGGUGAUUUCGGCCCUGCAAAAGAUUCGAACGUCGACAAGCAAGGAGACUCAGCCGCGGGUGAAACGAACUCUGACGAUAACGAGGCUGCAAAUGUGAGCGAGGAUGCCGAGAAGGGUACCCUGGCAGGUGGCGAGGUAGCUCCUACGCCAGACCCGAACAUCGUCGACUGGGACGGCCCCGACGACCCUGCAAACCCGCGCAACUGGUCCAAGGCGUACAAGUUGGCCAACGUGGUGGUUGUCAGCUUGUCCGUGCUAUACACUAAUCUCGCAACCACCAUGUUCGCCCCCGGCGCCACCAUUAUGCAGCGUGAAUUCGGCUACAAGAGCAGUACGGUCGAGGUCCUGACCAUCACCAUGGCGUCGCUCGGCUUCGCCAUCGGCCAGUUGUUUGUACCCCCGAUGUCCGAGGUCUUUGGCCGCAUGCCCAUCUACCGCGCGAGCUCCAUCUUCUACCUCGGAUUCACCGCUGGCUGUUCGCGUAGCACCAAUGUCGCCGAGUUUCUAGUCUUCCGCUUGUUGACCGGCUUGGCUGCUGCCUCAUAUAUGUCGACAGGUGGCGGCACCGUCGCCGACCUCUUGCCAAAAGAGGAGAGAGGCGUUGCCAUGGCUAUUUUCACUGCCGGGCCGCUCUUUGGCCCUGUCCUCGGUCCUAUCGUAGGAGGAUUUGUUGUUGAGAACCUGGGAUGGAGAUGGUGCUUCUAUCUCAUAUUGAUGCUUGCCGGUGUAGUCACCAUCAUCACCUUUUUGUUCAUGCACGAGACGAGCUCCGUCAAUAUACUCAAAUCCAAGGCCGCUCGACUUCGUAAAGAGACGGGCAAUCCGAACCUGCGCGCCGCCGGCGAUAAGCAGACCCCAGUCAAGCAGCUCGUACUACACGCCAUGGCCCGCCCCAUGAAAUUCCUCUUCAAAUCGCCCAUCGUCGCUCUCAUCGCACUCUAUAUCGCCUUCAACUUCGGCGUUACCAUGCUCCUCUUCGCCACCUUUCCGACCGUUUACGAGAACACCUACCACUGGAGCGUUAGUCUUUCCGGCCUGGCGUACGUCGGCGUCGGCAUCGGCUGCGCCAUAGGUGUCGUCACCUUUGCCAAGCUCAGUGAUCGCCUGCUGAAUGCUGAGGGAGGGAGCUACCGCCCAGAACGGCGCCUGAUCAUGAUGAUGUUUGUCUCUCCAAUGUUCCCAAUCGGCCUGUUCAUCUACGGCUGGACCACUGAGUACAAGGUGCACUGGGUUGUGCCCAUCAUCGGCACCGCCAUCUGCGGACCCGGGGCCGUUAUUAUCAAUUCGUCGUCGCAGACGUACAUCAUCGACAUCUUCGGGCCUCAAGCAGCGGCAUCCGCACUUGCCGCCGUUACACUGCUUCGCAACCUGACGGGAGCUUUCCUGCCCCUUGCCGCCCCGACACUCUACGCUAACCUGGGUCUGGGCUGGGGAAAUAGUGUGUUGGCCUUCAUCACGAUUGGGUUUAUACCUGUGCCGAUUUUCUUUUACUUACGCGGCGAAUCCAUUCGGAAAAGGUUCCCCAUCGAAAUCUGAAGAGAAGGGAUUGCGCCGCCCAGCCUUGAUUGGCAAUCUUCUAUAAUCCGCCGCCUGCUGAGAAGCGCAUCAUCCUGGUUUAUUAAUCACUCAUUUUAAAGAGGGUUUUCUUUCCUGUUUCUUUGAGAACAAUGUAUUUACAUACUCUCUGCUGUCUCUUUCUCUUCUUAUUAGACUGUGCUAUAGUAGAACCAACCUCGAGCCUGUGGCUGUGUUGGUCCAUUUUGUGACCUAACGCGAC